AUGGCGUAUCCCGUCGCUGCUGCGAAGCAAUGGGAGGAGUGGGGCCCUGCUCUUGUCAAUGCCGUGACUCAAGCUGAAGGCUUGCAUGCUCAGCAGGGCCUCAAGGGCACGAAGAUAUUGCUGGGCUCAGACUGCAGCGGAUGCGAGGCUCCUGUAUUCGCUCUGCAUGGCUUGCGGCUGGCUUUUCGCCACAGGUGGAGCUGCGAUGUAGCGAAUCAUUCCCGUCUCUGGAUCCAAGAGGUCUGCAAACCAGAGAAAUUCUUUGAUGAUAUGCUCCAGCGGAAGAACCUGCAAGAGCUUCCACCCAUCAACCUGUAUACGUGCGGCUUCCCGUGCAAGCCGUACUCGAACUUGCACUGGCAGUCAUCCGGCUUCAAAGACCCGAAUGCUCGGCCGUUCCAGGCCAUGUUGGAAACAACAAUGGCCACUGGCACACCCAUGGCCAUCUUCGAAAACGUUUUGGGGCUCAGCAAGUACAUGCAGGCGGUGCAGAAAGAAAUGAUCCGGGCCCUGCCAGGCUACAAGAUCUUUCUUACAAAAAUGUGUCCCACCGAACUGGGUUUUGCCGCACGCAGGGGCCGGUUUUUCUUCCUGGUGGUCCGUUCAGACCUAUGCUUGACGGACGAUGCGAAGAAGCUUGGGGACCUGGUGGCAAGAAUCAUGGCGAAGGUGAAGAAACCCGUGCCGAAGAACCUGCGAGACUACCUGCUGCCUGCAAACCACAAGUGGGUGCUGGCACAGCAGGCCCGUCAGAAGAAGCAUGCAGGCCACGGCACCUGCGGAUUGCCAAGAAGUCUGCAAGGGGUCGUGCCAUCAUUGACCAGCCGGCAGGUUAAAGCCUUAGCGCAUGCUUGGCACACGAGGUGUGCGCCACGGGGAGGCACGCUCAGCUUUGUGGCAGAUGUGAGCCAAAGCACGGGCCGGGCUCCGGUGGGAUUCUCUGGAGAAGUCCCGUGCGUGACUCCGGGCGGUCGGCUUGUGGCAGCAGAGCUAGGCCGCCUGCUGGUUCCGGAGGAGAAGCUGAUGAUGGCAAAUUUCCCGGUCCACAGCAUAAGCAUCCCGAAGGAUCUGUCACCUUGCCAGGUGGCGGACUUGGCGGGGAACACGAUGCACACUGCCUGCAUCGGACUGGCGAUGCUGUGCACCAUGGCCAUGCUGAAGCUCGAGAAAUUGAACUCGCCAGCACCUUCAACGACAGGCCAUGGCGAGUGGAUGGAUUUGUCAGGCAUGAAGCAUGGCAAGGCUGUCAAAACGAAGGCGGCCAAAGGAAGGAAGGUCCUGUGUGGCAAGGGAAAAGCCAUGAAGGCCAUGAAGGCAGAGACGCACGGCAGGAAGAGAAUGCAGGGCAAGUUCAAUCGCAGAAUGGGGACCGUAACGGUCGACUCGCAGAGGCCAUCGAAAUCGAGGAAAGUGCAGCAGAAUCAGAAGCCUGUGUCGGGCAGGGCUGCAUAUGCCGCUGCAUACUACAACUAG